CGACUCAUUACUGUGGUUACUAUUUCCUCGUUUACUUUCGUCUUAUUCAUUCAGUCUGUGGAGGAACUCCAGGAGGAAUAAUAAUUUAAAAAAUCACAUAUCCAAAUGCGCAAAAAUUAAGAAAUGAAUUAAGAAAUGUUUCGCCCAUUCAAAUGUCUCUUCUGUGUCUUCUGCCUCGCAGCUCUGGAGGGACAAUCAUACACUCUCAGUCUCCAGGAUAACAUCUUGGAGCCCCUCAAGAGCCUUCUUCUCCAAAGAAAGCCUGGCAAAGCCUAUUCCAAAUUUUCCCUAAGGAUACCAUCGUUGCCUGAUGAAGACAUCUGUUACAUUGUGCCAGGAAAAUCUGAAACCUUGCACAACUGCAAUUUCAACAGUACAACAAAAACCUUUCUGGUCAUACAUGGAUGGACGGUGAGUGGGUUGUUUGAGAGCUGGGUGGCCAAACUGGUAGCCGCACUAUAUGACAGAGAGAAAGAUGCCAACGUGGUAGUGGUGGACUGGCUGGACAUAGCUCAGAAUCACUAUGCUGUAGCGGCACAUAAAACUCAAGAGGUGGGACAAGAGGUUGGUCGCUUCAUUGAAUGGAUAGAGGAGACAGCCAGUGUUCCUCUGGAGAAGAUUCAUCUAAUUGGCUACAACCUUGGUGCUCACAUUGCUGGAAUCGCAGGCAGUAGUGGCACCAAAAAAGUUGGAAGAAUAACAGGUCUUGAUCCAGCAGGACCAGAUUUUGAAGGAGUCCAUGCACACCGCCGGCUUUCUCCAGAUGAUGCCCAUUUUGUGGACGUUCUUCACACUUUCUCAGGAGGAACUCUGGGCCUCAGCAUUGGUAUCGAACAACCAGUUGGCCAUGUGGACAUCUACCCCAAUGGAGGAAGCUUCCAACCUGGCUGUAACCUGCGAGGAGCCCACGAGAACCUGGCGUAUUAUGGAUUGCUUGCAAUGAAUGAUGUCAUCAAGUGUGAGCAUGAGAGAUCAGUUCACCUGUUUAUUGACUCACUCCUAAAUGGUGCAGAGGCCAGUAAAGCUUACAGCUGUGGGAGUAACACGAUGUUUGAGCGUGGAGUGUGUCUCAGAUGUCAUAAGAACCGAUGCAAUACGGUGGGCUAUGAUGCCAGGAUGGUUCACAAACCCCACAGCAUGAAAAUGUUCACCAAGACCCGAGCUUCUAUGCCAUAUAGAGUUCAUCAUUAUCAGCUGAAGAUACACUUCACAACAAAGACAAAUCAAUCUGUGACAGAAUUCAUGGUAGCUGUUUCCCUUUAUGGCAGCAAUGGCAAUGCAGAAAAUCUCCAUCUUAAUGUAAAUGGAGAAAUUGGCACAAGCACAACACAUUCCUUCCUCUUGGUUACAGAGGAAGAUAUCGGUGAACUGCUGAUGCUUAAGUUAAAAGUGGAGGACUCGUCCUCGCUGCUCAACAUGAUGUGGCCCUGGUGGAAUCGAGAUUCUCCUGAACUUCAUGUCCAAAAAAUUAGCAUUUGGAUCGGGGAGAUGCAAAAAAAAAUGAUAUUUUGCUCAAAAGAUCUCCGAAAUACAAAUCUGCAAACAUCUGAGGUGAUUUUUGUAAAGUGCAAAAGCACAUGGACUAGAUCGUCUCUGAGACACAAGUAUAGCAGCCAAUGAGAUGACAAAAUGUAACCCCUUGGGAUGAAGCACUUGAAUUAUUAUUUAUUCUGAUCUUAUUUAUUUACUUCUGUAUUUGCAGUUAAACCUGCUGUUAUGUAAUCUUUUAUAUUAUUGUACUGAAUUAUUGUAAUAUAUUUAAAGCAACAUUUUUUUUUUACAAGCGCUUCAGUUUUAACACGUGGUUGUUUGAUGCAUAAUAAAACGGUACAAAUUUCUGUGCUGGAGUUUUAGUAAAGGCCAAAGACAGGAAGCUUCAUAUUACACAGCAUUGCUGUGCUCUGCUCCUGAACACAGAGAAGCUUCAGCUCAAACCAGAUGUACCAGAGAUGACGUGGUCCAAAGACCUCAGAUAUUACACUAAGAUAGAUAUUAGGUUCAAUUAUAUUAGAUUAAUCAUUGGAUAUGGCAUUCGGAUAAAUUCGAUUAUAUAUUAUUCAUUCAUUAUAUAUUACAUUAGGUUUAUAUUAGAUCAGAUAUUAGAUUAUGUUAAAUGAGAUAUUACAUAAUAUUAAAUUGUAUUUGAUGUUAAAUUUGAUAUUAGAAUUAGAAUAUAGUGUAAUAUCUAACUAAGCUAAUAUUGAAUUGAAUCAAAUUGAUAAUCUGUCCCAAUGUCAAUUUUAAUACCAGAUUAAACAUCACAUAUAAUUUAAUUUAUUAUAAAUUAUACGUAUUUAGAUUCAAUUAGAUUUCUAUUUUUGCUUCAGUAUUAGAUUUGAUCAGGAGUGUCCAAUCUUAUACGCAAAGGGCCAGUGUGGGUGCAGGUUUUCAUUCCAUCCAAGUGCCCCUUUGCGGAUAAGAGCAGACACUCCUGGAUUAGGUUAGAUAUUAGGGUAGAUUAUGCAUAUGAUUAGAUUCGUUAUUAAAUUUGAUAUUAGGUUACAUUAGAUUAGAUUAGGGUGGUGUAGUAAAUCUGGGGGAGCAGCAGCUGUGAAUGGGUGCUUUAUUGUACAAUUCAUUGAACAUGUAGCUAAGUUUAUAUUGAUUUUUACAUAGUGAAAUCUUUAAAAAUGAGAUCUUAUGUAGUUUAAAGCUUUGCAUUUUAGGUACUUAAUGUUUUUACUGCAUUCAAAAUGGCAUCUCAGAUUGUACUAAAUGCCUUUGUUCCAAUAUUUAAUGUAAAAUGUACAUGUUUAUAAGGCCCAUGGGAGCAAAAUUAGAUUACGGGUGUAGACUCCAUGAGCAGUUCUUUGAAAAGUUUUUUAACUUCCUAAUAUAAUUUUGGUACUCUGA